AUGAUGAGGAACACAAAUAAACUUUUCAAUGGUGAAAUCGACGGAUACGAGUGUGCGAUUUAUUGUUUCGUUGCCUUCUCUGAUCAUUACGCAGUGCGACUGAUAUUGACACAGGAUCAAUUAAUCAGAAUUAGAAGUGUAUUUAAUGAUCUAAAAGAUGGCAGAAAUGUACUGAACUUUCAAAAAAUCAUUGACCUUCUUGGUCAUUACGCCCCAGAUGCGGUAUUAAAGGAUGCACUUUCCUGCGAUCAGUUGAUCAAAUAUUUCUCACAAAGUCCGGAGGCCACAAACAUGUCUACAUGGCUGUUAAGCUCAAGACUUACUCUAGCGUCAAGUGUACUAAAUCUACCAUCAAAAUCACACAUAAUGUCUCUCUCUACUGGCAGUCUUUUCAAGUUUUUUGACAUCAACAAUGAUGGAUACAUUGAUGAAAUGGAAUUUUACAGGGGGCUCGCCUUUUUACCUCACGCAAAUGAAGCAGAUUCCAUAAGACGUGUUUUUCAGAUGUUUUCCUCACGAUCUCAAGCCGAGGUGACUUUUAAUUCCAACGACGCUGAUUUUAUCCUUCGACACUUUGUUCCAUCACGUAUUCGAAAGGAAACUUCUUGCAAAAUCUCCGACAUUUAUGUGAAAGCCGAACUUUUAUCCUUAGUCAAUGCAUAUCGUUUUUGGAUUGCCUCUCCCUUCCUCGGAGUCGGAGACAAGCAUGUUUUCACUGCAAAAGAAGUGCGCUUUGUUUUCAGGUUAUGGUUGCACUACGUUAUCGUACAACAGUCCAAACAAGGAAGCCAGUGGUUUGUUGUCUCUUCAAAGUAUUGGCCAUCCUUAGCCGCACAAGGAAUCAAAGCGGUAAGGCUUUAUUUAACCCAUCCACGUGACUUCAUUGAAUUUAAACCAAAAACUAAAACACCUAAAGAGAGUGUGGGCAUGAAUGCAACAACCCAAAACACACACAUCGCGGUGGACAGACGACUUGCAGAACGAAUGCAAGGUUGGAGUGGCAUAAACACCAACGGUAUUGGUAUCAGUGACAAUGGUCAAUUAAUGCCCAGUUACCUGGUUCUCUACACACUAGCAUAUAAUGCUUCAAAAGAGGAGGUGCUGGAAAUGCAUCCCCUAGAAAUCGGUGUUCGCUGGACCGCAGGAAGCAAACCCAAAGUCUCACCUACCGUAGGUGUUAUCACUGACACUGGGGUACCCAAAAAUCCCCAGUUUUGUGAGUAUCCGUUCACACCAGCCUAUAGUGGAAUCGAUGCAAUAGCAAUACCAAGUGGGAAAAAAUCGUCUAUAAUGAAACGCUUAGUCAGUUCGAAUGAGAAGCCUCGUCUUGAUCCAGAGCAAUCACUGCGUUUUGUUUUUUCGCGAUGUCACACGGUUUCGGAGGUAUGUGAAGCCAUCAGCAAGAAGUUCGGUGAUUACCGCAACCGCGACCUCACACCCGACAACUAUCGUGUAUGGUUUAUUAAAGCCUCCGAACCAGUUGUUGCAUCCCGUCAAAGGCCAAAAUUGAGCCAGAUCACAAAGAACGGAGGAUCCUCCAGCUCUAACAGCACCGUCAAUAAUGACGAGAAGGAUAGCGGCAGCCCUAAUAACAAUCUACUGGCCAAACAAACAUGCUUGGUUCCAGUCGAUCUCAAAGCGAUUGGAAAUCACCAGCUCAGUAGAUUUUUGGCUGAUCAAGAUCCACUGGCUCAGCAUUACACAGAGCUCUUUGAUCCCUAUGAAAAGUGCUCUAGAAAGUUUGAAUUUGUUGUUGAAUGCCUAUACCAAUUUUACUUUUGGCCACUGGGACAAUGUCCAAGCAAAGCACCUGAUCAUACCGUAUCUUACAUCACAAACAAAGUAACAGUGGCAGUCGGUUUUUAUCCACUUUCUUGUCAUAGACUAGCUAAUGAAUACAAAAAACUCCUCGACCAAAUGGCUAUAGAAAGCUUGGUGAAUCCUCGGAGUUUAUGGCAUACUUUCGUCCAAAAGGCGCCCACUUUCAGUUCUUUUGUACAACAGGAUGCACAUGAAUUUCUUAUUAUAUUUCUCGACUUACUGAAUGAGGAAUUGAAACGGAAGAAUUCCUCGUCCAAAGUUCGUGCUCUUAAUCCCCACGAUAGGCGGAAAAAAAGCAUCAUAAAUAAAUGUGUUACUGCAGAAAAGGCAUGGAGAACAUUCUGUGCAGAAAAUGACUCCCCCAUUACCGAUGUAUUUUAUGGGCUCUGCGAAUCACGAUGCCGAUUCGAGGGAUGCUGCCACAAGUCGUUGUCUUUUGAUCCCUUUGCAAGUCUAACUCUACCCCUUCCAAAUGAUGAAGAUCAUUUCAUCAUUCUCACUGUUGUCCCUUCCUAUAAAGCAGUGCCGGAGGUAAUCAGACUUGAAAGUGUCUAUCCCAUUACUUUGAACUUUAUUCUUUGGGAGGUCUCUCGACGAUACAAGUGCUCGUCAAAUCAAGUCUUCUUGGCACUGAAUAAUAAUAAAGUAUUGACGAUAGAUUAG